AUGGAGAGCGGCUCACAUGCAGAGCCGGGUGCGGGCGCACCCCCAGCUGUGGCAGCCAGGACCCCCCCAGAGCCAAGACCUUCUCCUGAAGGUGACCCCUCCCCACCGCCGCCACCACCACCGAUGUCAACCCUGGUCCCUGACACUCCCCCAGACACCCCACCUGCCAUGAAGAGUGCCGCUAGCUCUAAGCAGCUCCCACUGGAACCAGAGAGCCCCACAGGGCCAGUGGGGCCUAGAUCAGCCCCCCAGCAGGAAGAAUCCCCUUCCUCAGAAGGGAAGAGCAGGGGACCCACCCCACCAGCCACAGGCCCCCGGGAUUCCAGACCUCCUCGAAGGAGCAGCCAGCCAUCCCCGACGGCGGUGCAAGCCUCUGACAGCCCUCCCACCAGGCAAGAUGUAAAGAAGGCAGGAGAGAGACACAAGCUGGCAAAGGAGCGGCGAGAAGAACGAGCCAAGUACCUGGCGGCCAAGAAAGCAGUGUGGCUGGAGAAGGAGGAGAAGGCCAAGGCGUUGCGGGAGAAGCAGCUCCAGGAGCGCCGCCGGAGGCUGGAGGAGCAGAGGCUCAAAGCCGAGCAACGCCGCGCGGCCCUCGAGGAGCGGCAGCGGCAGAAGCUGGAGAAAAACAAGGAGCGCUAUGAAGCGGCCAUCCAGAGGUCAGUGAAGAAGACAUGGGCCGAAAUCCGGCAGCAGCGCUGGUCCUGGGCAGGAGCCCUGCACCACAGCUCCCCAGGACAUAAGACCAGUGGGAGCAGGUGCUCCGUGUCGGCAGUAAACCUGCCUAAACACGUGGACUCUAUAAUCAACAAGCGGCUCUCAAAGUCCUCUGCCACGCUCUGGAACUCCCCCAGUAGAAAUCGCAGCCUGCAGCUCAGCGCGUGGGAGAGCAGCAUCGUGGACCGUCUGAUGACACCCACCCUCUCCUUCCUGGCACGGAGUCGCAGUGCGGUCACACUGCCCCGCAACGGCCGGGAUCAGGCCGUGCCCGUGUGCCCGCGCUCGGCCUCCGCCAGCCCCCUCACGCCGCCGAGCAGCGCCCCCCGAAGCGUGCACCGCUGCGCCCCAGCUGGGGAGCGCGGGGAGCGCCGCAAGCCCAGCGCCGGGGGCAGCCCGGCCCAGGUCCGCCGCCGGCCUGAAGCCUCGCCGGUGCAGAAAAAGGAGAAGAAGGACAAGGAGCGGGAAAAUGAGAAGGAGAAGAGUGCCCUGGCCCGGGAGCGCAGCCUCAAGAAGCGCCAGUCACUGCCUGCGUCUCCACGCCCACGCCUCUCUGCCGGCAACGCCGAGCUCAGUCCCAAAGGCAAGGCUCGGCCAUCCUCUCCCUCCACAUCCUGGCACAGGCCUGCCUCUCCCUGCCCCAGCCCAGGGCCAGGUCACGCUCUGCCCCCCAAACCACCGUCCCCUCGGGGCACCACUGCAUCACCCAAGGGGCGGGUUCGGAGGAAGGACGAGGCAAAGGAGAGCCUCAGUUCGGCAGGACCUGUGGACAAGAACCAGAACAAGGGCAAGACCGGUGACGAGAAGGAGCCAGCAGCCCCUGCCUCACCAGCUCCCUCACCUGUGCCCUCCCCCACCCCAGCCCAGCCCCAGAAGGAGCAGCCCACAGCCGACAUCCCUGCAGAUACUGCUGUCCUGACCUCACCCCCAGCCCCUGCUCCACCAGCGACCCCUAGCAAACCCAUGGCGGGCACCACAGACCGAGAAGAGGCCACUCGACUCCUGGCUGAGAAGCGGCGCCAAGCACGGGAGCAGCGGGAGCGCGAGGAACAGGAGCGGAGGCUGCAAGCAGAAAGGGACAAGCGCAUGCGAGAAGAGCAGCUGGCGCGGGAGGCCGAGGCUCGGGCCGAGAGGGAGGCGGAGGCCCGGAGGCGGGAGGAGCAGGAGGCCCGAGAGAAGGCGCAAGCAGAGCAGGAGGAGCAGGAACGGCUGCAGAAGCAGAAAGAAGAGGCUGAAGCUCGGUCCCGGGAAGAAGCGGAGCGGCAGCGUCUGGAGCGGGAAAAGCACUUCCAGCGGGAGGAGCAGGAGCGGCAAGAGCGCAAAAAGCGUCUGGAGGAGAUCAUGAAGAGGACUCGGAAGUCAGAAGCUGCUGAAACCAAGAAGCUGGACAGAAAGGAGGCAAAAGCCAACAAUUUCAGCCCAGACCCUGUGAAAGCCGGGGAGGCUCGGCCCUCAGGGCUGCAGAAGGAGGCAGUGCAGAAAGAGGAGCUGGCCCCCCAGGAGCCUCAGUGGAGCCUGCCAAGCAAAGAGUCACCAGGAUCCCUGGUGAACGGCCUGCAGCCUCUCCCUGCACACCAGGAGAAUGGCUUCUCCCCUAAGGGGCCCUCUGGGGACAAGAGCCUGGGCCGAACGCCAGAGACACUCCUGCCCUUCGCUGAGGCAGAAGCUUUCCUCAAGAAAGCUGUGGUACAGCCCCCACAGGUCACAGAAGUCCUUUAA